AUGUCGAAUUUGUUUUCUAAACGACUGGUCGCUCGCGACGACAGCGACGAAGGCCUGUCUUCUGCUAUGGUCGACCUUUUGAUUGCGCUCUUGGUUCUCGUUCUACUCGGCUUGGCUCUCGUUGGUGCCCUUCUUGUUCUGCGUCGCAAGCGCAUCAACAAGGAACAAUCCGAACUUCCCGUACACAACGGACAAUGUGUACCUCAACACCGCCGCCUGACGAUCUCCGCACCGCCAUAUGCCAAGACUGAGUCCGUCUUGGUCUACGACGAGAAGCGCAGCCUCAUUGAGAAUUCAUCGAGCCCCCCGCCGAGUCCCGUUCCCGAAAUCCGAAUUACUUUCCCCGAGGAGGAAGAUGAGUCCGGAAAACGCAAGUCGGGACGUGUUGUGGUUGUCAGAAUUAGCGAAGCUGGGGGUGUCGGUUUGGAACCUUGCCAUGAGGACCUUCCACCGUAUCAGUCCAGCGAUGCUGAGCGCUUCCAGUCUCUGGAUAUCGAGCGCAUGGGGGGUCUUAAAGAGAAGGGGGAUGCGCCUAGAUGGACUUGA